UUGGCGCAUGUUGUCGCAUAUUAUUACGUGGAACAACUGCGCGUCCAUUUUCUCCCAGGCAAGUGCUGUAUUGUCCAUCUACAUUUCGGUGCCGGGAGGGAGGUACAGCACUGCUGACAUUACAUCAUGGCUGAUAUCAAGAACUUUUUAUAUGCCUGGUGUGGCAAGAAGAAACUAACCCCAAACUAUGAGAUCCGUGCAGCAGGAAACAAAAUGCGUCAAAAGUUCAUGUGUGAGGUCCGAGUUGAUGGCUUUAACUAUACUGGCAUGGGUAACUCCACCAACAAAAAGGAUGCUCAGACCAAUGCAGCCCGGGAUUUUGUUAACUACCUAGUUCGAGUUAAGGAGAUGAAAAGCGAUGAAGUGCCGUCACUAGGGGCUGAACAGGGUGAUUCAAUAGAUGGAGCACCUGUUAAAUCUGAAGGAUUUUCUGGUCCCACUGGGGGUCCAUUGCCUCCCCACUUGAGCUUGCAGGCUGAAACCAGUGAUGCUGCACCUAUGAGGGCCAAUACAGGCUGUAACCCUCCUGCUUAUGGUGGAGGUGCCCAAUGGGAACGUGGAGCUAAUCUGAAAGAUUAUUAUGCUAAGAGGGAUGAACAGGAGGCUCAGGCUACUCUAGAAUCUGAAGAAGUUGAUUUGAAUGCUGGCUUGCAUGGAAACUGGACCCUUGAAAAUGCAAAGGCACGUCUCAAUCAAUUCUUCCAGAAAGAGAAGACACAAGGGGAAUACAAGUAUUCACAAGUGGGGCCUGAUCACAACAGGAGCUUUAUUGCAGAAAUGACCCUGUAUGUUAAGCAGCUUGGAAGAAGAAUCACGGCAAGAGAACAUGGAUCUAAUAAGAAAUUGGCGGCACAAUCUUGUGCCCUUUCAAUUGUCCGUCAGCUGUAUCAUCUAAGUGUAAUUGAACCAUACUCAGGACUGACAAAGAAAAAGGAAGGGGAGGCUGUGGAACCUUAUCAAGUGAACUUAAAUCCUGAUGUGGUGAAACAGCUGCAGAGUACUAUUCAGGAGCUAGGAAUUGAGUUACCAUAUCCACCCCAGGAUCCUAGCCAACCUGUGUCCCUUAAUUUGGGAAAACUGGUACACUUUGAGCCUUCACAGAAGCAGAGUCACUCUGGUGUGGUGCCAUGGUCUCCCCCACAGGAAAACUGGAACCCAUGGACAAGCAGCAACAUUGAUGAAGGACCUCUGGCAUUUGCUCCCCAGGAGCAGAUCAGUGCAGAAUUAAAGAAUGAACACAUGUAUCACAUGCAAGAUCCUAACAUGAAACAGGUCUUGAUUGAUCGAGAGUCUCUUCCUGUUAAGAAAUUUGAGGAGGAAAUAAUGCAUGCUGUGCAUAACAGCCCUGUUGUAAUCAUCCGUGGAGCAACAGGCUGUGGUAAAACUACACAGGUCCCACAAUACAUUCUGGAUGAAUGUAUUCGCAAUGAUCGUGCAGCGCAGUGUAAUAUUGUGGUUACACAGCCUAGAAGGAUCAGUGCAGUAUCUGUUGCAGAACGUGUUGCUUUUGAAAGAGGGGAAGAGAUUGGAAAAAGCUGUGGCUACAGUGUGCGUUUUGAAUCUGUUCUUCCCCGUCCGCAUGCCAGUAUGCUUUUCUGCACUGUGGGAGUCCUUUUGAGGAAACUGGAGGCUGGGAUAAGAGGAAUUAGCCAUGUGAUUGUGGAUGAAAUUCAUGAGCGUGACAUUAAUACUGAUUUUCUUCUGGUGGUACUUCGUGAUGUGAUUCAGGCUUUCCCAGAUAUCCGUGUUAUACUCAUGUCUGCUACUAUUGACACUAGCAUGUUCUGUGAAUAUUUCUUUAACUGCCCAAUCAUUGAGGUUUUUGGCCGAACAUUUCCUGUACAAGAAUACUUCCUAGAAGACUGCAUACAGAUGACUCAGUUCAUACCACCUCCAAGGGAUAAGAAGAAAAAGGAUAAGGAUGAGGAAGGAGGAGACGAUGAAGAGACAAAUUGUAACCUUGUGUGUGGGGAUGAUUAUGGUCCUGAAACUCGACGUUCAAUGUCUCAACUCAGCGAAAAGGAGACUCCCUUGGAACUCAUUGAAGCUCUGCUUAAAUAUAUUGAAACCUUGAAUGUCCCAGGGGCUGUACUUGUCUUUUUGCCAGGCUGGAAUCUUAUCUAUGCCAUGCAGAAACAUUUGGAGAUGAACCCACACUUCGGAAGCCACAGUUACUGCAUCCUACCCCUGCACUCACAGAUCCCCCGAGACGAACAGCGCAAAGUGUUUGACCCAGUACCUGAUGGGAUCAUCAAGGUUAUAUUGUCAACUAAUAUCGCAGAGACCAGCAUUACUAUAAACGAUGUAGUGUAUGUCAUAGACUCUUGCAAACAGAAGGUAAAGCUAUUUACAUCACACAACAACAUGACAAACUAUGCAACGGUCUGGGCUUCAAAAACCAAUCUGGAGCAGCGCAAAGGGAGAGCAGGACGUGUGAGACCUGGUUUCUGCUUCCAUUUAUGUAGCAGAGCACGCUUUGAGCGAUUGGAAACUCACCUUACUCCAGAGAUAUUCCGUACUCCACUGCACGAGGUGGCUUUGAGCAUUAAACUUCUUCGUUUGGGCGGCAUUGGGCAGUUCUUGUCUAAAGCUAUAGAGCCUCCCCCCUUGGAUGCAGUUAUAGAAGCUGAGCAUACCCUACGAGAGCUGGAUGCACUGGACUCCAAUGAUGAGUUAACUCCACUAGGAAGAAUAUUGGCUAAAUUGCCCAUUGAACCACGGCUAGGAAAGAUGAUGAUUAUGGGAUGCAUCUUCUAUGUUGGUGAUGCACUCUGUACAAUUUCUGCCGCCACCUGUUUCCCUGAGCCUUUUAUUAGUGAGGGCCGAAGGUUGGGAUACGUUCAUAGGAACUUUGCCGGAAACCGGUUUUCUGACCACGUGGCUUUGUUAUCCGUUUUCCAGGCCUGGGAUGAUGCAAGGAUGGGAGGAGAAGAAGCAGAAACUCGAUUCUGUGAGCACAAACGUCUUAACAUGGCUACGCUUCGAAUGACUUGGGAGGCAAAAGUGCAGCUCAAAGAGAUUCUUGUAAAUUCUGGUUUCCCAGAAGAAUGUCUGAUGACUCAAGUUUUUAACAACACUGGGCCAGACAAUAACCUGGAUGUGGUGAUUUCUUUGCUGGCCUUUGGUGUUUACCCCAAUGUUUGCUACCACAAAGAGAAGCGCAAAAUUCUUACUACAGAAGGCAGAAAUGCUCUGAUUCACAAGUCAUCUGUCAAUUGUCCCUUCAGCAACCAAGACCUGAAGUAUCCAUCCCCAUUCUUCGUCUUUAGUGAAAAGAUCCGCACUAGAGCAAUAUCUGCAAAAGGUAUGACCAUGGUGAGUCCUUUGCAACUGCUCCUUUUUGCCUCCAAGAAAGUCAUGUCCGAUGGGGAGUUUAUACUCUUGGAUGACUGGAUCAGACUUUCAUUGCCACAUGACGAGUCUGCCUGUAUCACUGCAUUAAGGGCUGCACUGGAGGCUCUUGUUGUAGAAGUCACAAAAGAACCCGAAAUUUUGUCACAGUUGGAUCCAGUAAAUGAAAAGAUGUUGAAUAUGAUUCGCCUGAUAUCUAAACCUUCCACUGCCGGAAUAAGCCUUGUGAUGGGAAAUUCCAGAUUUGGAGAUGGGCCUCGACCACCUAAAAUGGCUCGUUUUGAUAGUGGUUUCCAAGGUAACAGAGGAAGAGGCUACCAUGGUGGUUAUAACUCAGGUGGUGGUGGUUUCAGAGGUUCUGGCUAUCAAGGAUUUAGAGGAGGCAGGGGUGGCGGUGGCCCUUGGGGUGGCUACCAAGGUGGUGGCUUUAGAGGAAACUACAGGGGAGGAAAUCAAGGUGGCGGAUUCAGAGGUGGCUACCAAAGUCGAGGUGGCGGUGGAUAUGGAGGUAACUACCAAGGAAGAGGAGGAUUCAGAGGUGGAUUUUAAGGACUUUUUUUUUAUUCCAUUUUUUUUUUUUUUUUUAAAUAUAUUUGUCUCUGUGCAGGAUUAUGUGCAUGCUGCUGCUUAUGAAGUUAAUAUGGCAGUACUUUGUACAAAUAAAAGAAACAAGGGAAAUGUUUAUUAAACUGUCUAAAGUUGUAGCUCUGUAUAUGUGACCUAAAUAAAACAUUUUAAAAAUCUUG